GGGAGAGGAAGGAAGACGGCAUGCGCUUCUGAGACCCUAACGGUAACCGUCGACCCAGCGUGCCUAAUUCGAGCUAGCCUAAGGCCUUGAUGGCCGCAGCUCCGAUCUAGAUGACGCAACUUAAAACGCCCGUCCUCUCUCUCCAGGCGCCCGCACUACGCCCGUGCGCCCCGUCAUCUCCUCCGUCGCGCGCAGCGUCGGCCUGCCCUCUGCGCCCCGACGCGUGCUGCGCGGGCCUCGGCGGGCGUGGCCUGCCCAGGGAGGACAGGCACGGCCAGUCGCACGCCUCCAACGCUCGGCUACCUCCACGUCGCUUCGGGCAUUCGCCUGCCUAUUCCCCUGAUGCCGACUUUGGCCCCGCGCCCCCUGUGAACAAAGCAGCGCACCUCCUUCGACGGACCAUCCCCACGUUGCGCCCCGCACCAUCGGAAGCAUGCCAUCCCCAGCGGUUGAUAACCGCUAUUAUCCUGCUCUGUCCCGAACGACGUCGCCGCCUCAUUGCGGCCGCCACGGUCGCCAUCCCGCGCCCGUGUCGUGCGUCUGCGGCCGCUGCGCGUCAUCCCCUUAAUUGGACUCCUCGGUGGUGUCCGGGCCCUCUCGCUGCCUAAGGGUGAUCGUCGAUCGAGGAGUCGCCCCAGCAUCGGGUCACGUCCAACACUCGGCUCGCGGUCCGCCUCAUAGGGAGAUGGGUGACACUUUCUCGCAGCCGCACAAGGGCACGACAUGCGGAAAACACAAGGUUCGGGACGGUCUGACCUGUGUUAGGAGGGCGAUCACCCUUGCGUGAGCAAACUGUGGCAGCUGGAAAGCGGCGCGCGAGCUCACCCGCUCGAAGCUUCCGUGACUCCGGAUCGGACGACUUUCCGGAGUUCGUGUAGAGCACUCCCAGUGCGCGAACGCGACUCAGUCAUAGAACAGCGCUCCGGCAGUUCAUCCGGAGAUCGUAGCCAACCCAUAAUGGACCCUACGUCCCAGCACUGUAGCGUGGGCGACGUCAGCAGCCAAGGCGUCUGGUAUGUUGCAAAGAACGUACCGGAUCACCACCGAUCCCAUCUUCAGUCGACUGCUCCUCGGAACGACAUCUCCACCUUAAUACACUAGCUAGGACACACAAUCAGCAAAGUGCAACGUGAUGACUCCUAUUGA